CUCAGUGUUUGUGGAUCGCAAAUUACUCGAAACUCAACCGCUCCUUUUUUACCAUUGUUACCAUUUACCAUCGAACUUUGUUGGAUUUCACCGAAAGUGCGCUCUUGCGAGGAUGGUGCAGUUCCCGGACUAAUGGUGCGGAACAAGAGUGAAAGUGCAUGGUCCACAGCCAAAUCUACCAAACGUGUCGCUCGAAGAAAUAAUAUCAAGGACUGGAGCAAUAACAAGUGGAAAAAUUGGAGAUUUUCUAAAGUUAGGUCACCGCAAAUUGGUGGCAAGGUCAAAAUUCUGUUUUAGGGCGACCAUUUCAACGGGGUUCGGACGGGAACGUGGACCAAAACAACGGGACUGUAAUUCAAUUAACCAACUAACUGUAACACUCCGGCAAAGAGAAACGCGAAGAUACUCGUCAACGCCGUGUAAAGCAAGACGAAUAAAACAGCAUAAAACAUGAAAGCGAUUGAAGCAAAGAUAGUCGUGCUCGGAUCGCAAGGUGUUGGUAAAACGAGUUUGGUUGUGCGUUACGUUUCCAAUGUGUACACGAAAGAAAUUUCGCCCACCAUCGGCGCAUCGUUCUUCACGUGCAAAGUAAAUUUGGAAGAUUUCAAAGUAAAGAUGCAGGUUUGGGAUACGGCUGGUCAGGAAAGAUUUAAGGCCAUGGCUCCACUGUACUAUCGUAACGCAAACGCGGCGCUGCUUGUGUUCGAUCUCACGCAAUACAAUUCCUUCAACGAAAUCAAGGGCUGGGUACAGGAACUGCAGCGCAACGUGCAGGAACCGAUGGUACUGUCACUGGUAGGCAACAAGCUCGACCUGGAAGCGAAACGUGCCGUCUCCAGGGAAGAAGCUAUGUUGUACGCAAACUCGAUCGGUGGCAACUAUUUCGAGACCUCUGCCCUACACGAUCAGGGUAUCGAGCAAGUAUUCAUAUCAAUAGCGGUAGGAUUAAUAAAACUCUCUGGCGAAGACAUGUGCUCUUCGUUGAAGCGAUACGAGUCCAACGAUUCACUCGUACUUUCUGGCUACUCCACACGCGUGAACGGCGUGGUACAAAUGGGCAUUCCAGUGGAAAAUGAUAGCAUACUUAGCGACGGCACGGGUCGACUUGAAACACCAUCUUGGAGCAGAGACCACAUAGCGCACGGCGACGAACAGCGCGUCGGUUGGUGCUGUUACUAGAAAACGCAGACUCGUAUUUCCUAUUCUUUUUUGAACACUUUUUUCUGAUCAAUCCCGGCCACCGAAACCGCGGGGCGGAUUGCAGGACAAGCUCAAGAAUUGAGAGAUUUGUGAUAGCCUUUUUAUAUUUAUAUCAGACGAUACACACCCGACGCUGAACCUCCCUUUCUCCAGUCACACACAGUCGCAAGUUGCUCGUGCUUCGAAUGACUGGUUGUAAGCAUUUUUCGGCAUUUCCAUGGCAUUUUCCUUUCGUUAUAGCUCUCUAGAGCGUCAAACUAUAUAGUAGAGCAAAUAUGAGGAAAAUUUUCAUGGGUUAGGGUUGGUUCUUCUAUAAGCAAACACGCGGUGACUCUUGACACGAUCUCCUUCGCACACGUUGAACGAAUAAAUUCUGACUCAAUUUCGUACGAUCUUCUGCGAUUACUCGCCGAUUUGCGGAAACAUAAGUGAUCCGACUAAUACCUGUUAUCAGCUGUAGAGAUAUUGAACUCACGUGAACAGAUUCAUCGAACUCAUCUAUGAUAUAAGGACGAAUGCAUAUACAUAUUUACAUAUACUUCUUUAAGCGAAAGUCAAUUAAUCCGACCAUCUCUCGGGCAGCAUGGACAUCAUGUAUUGUUUGCAUUUUCAUACUUAAUUUCGUUUUCCAGCCUAUUGUUGUCGUCUUUUUUUAAUAAACCACUUUUGAAGAGCUUUACAAUU